AUGAUCGUCGGAUUCCUCGUGCUUGGUGCUUCGGUCCUGGCUGGGGCCACCUCUCCCGACAAGGCAGCGCAGCUCUCGGAAGCCGUGGCGCUGGAUGCGUGCCCUGAGGGGACGUGUGCCUUGCACGCGCUCCAGCAGAACAGCACGGCCCUCCCGGGCAACACUACGAAGGAGAAGAACAAGGUGAACCCGGACAGCGUUACGAAGGAGGAGGAGCACGAGGACGGUGACUCCAUCGAUCCGGAGGGCGACCUGCUUGGUGCCGAGAACUUUGCCGCGGUCAAAGUGGCUGCCGGUUGGUCCCAGGGUGGAGACAAAGUUUGGGGCAGUGGCAGAGGCAUCGAAGACGUCAACGGUGGCAACGUCGGCUACUACAACAACGGCAUGGACGCAGCUCACGCGCGUUGCGGCGGCAGCCACUGUGCCCUGAUCGUGAACCCGCCGGGUCACCGCAGCAUCAACCAGUUCCACAUCCACUUCGUCUCCUACGCAGGUUAUGGAUCUAGCCUCAAACACAAGCUCGAGAAGAGGGUCUGUGGCAAAAGCGGAUGGCGCAGCGGAGGCCUGCCAUGCCAUGGCAAGGCUAUCUUUGUCAACGGUUGGCCGAAUGUCUUCUCGGUAGCCAUGGGUGGAGGCGGCAUGAGGCAUGCAAGUGUGAUCGCUUGGCCCAGCUCCUGCGGUCACAAGGGUACGAUUAUCGAGUUGGCCUAUGGCUGCAGCAUAGAGCAUCAGAUUCGUGGAGACUACAACCCAGCCUAUCGUUAG